CCACAAAACCCACGUUAACCCUGAACAGAAAAUCUUAAAGCUUAUAAAAAUAGCACACAAUCCCAACUAACUACUGUGAUACCUGGUGUUUCCAAAUGCAGCUACAAACAGCUGGGUAGGUUUUAUUCAAAGAUCAAUUCAUACUGUUCAGCUCCACUGAGCGCGUCACGCGUCAAAUGCAUCAGCAAUGAGACACAGACACCUCAGCAGGAGCCACGGACUUCCAAAGAAGCCCCCGUUCUUCAAUCACGGCGGAAUCUUGAGUGUGAUGUCAUUCUGGUCAGGUAGUGCCUUAGUAUUUUGUAUGAUGUCUCUGGUCUCCCGGCUUUAAUUUCUACUAAUAUUUUUAUCACAGUGUUAUUAACUGCUACUUCAAUCCACUACACUCUUUUGGUGUCUGAUGGGAAAGGCACCAUAUAAGAAAUAUUUGAAAAAUUUCUUGGGUACGCGUGUCGUGUUUGUUGUACUUUGUUUAUCCUGGCAGACAUUAAUGUCCCGGUGCGAUGGAGCCUCUCUUUCCUGUCCUGUUCGGCGUGAAAUCUGACCUUGUCCUCUUGACCCUGGCCCAGCCUUAAAUCCAUCGUCAGCUUCUUCGGUGAUGUCUUCAUGAAUGGCGGUGGAUUGACUUAGGUGCCCUGGCUGACUCCGGUAUCAUUCCGGAGCGCGGUACCCCGAUGAGUUGAAGUUGUUCUGGGCGUCCUAGGGCUCUUUUGCAGGCUGUACUGGAUACCACUGACUGGUGGAGUAGGAGGUUAAAGAACAUGCGCAUGGUGUAGUGAUCCCUGUGUUUGCUGUAGAUAAAUGCAGGAAUGAGCAUCAUUAUGCAGACCUACUUACCUCUCUAUGUGUCUAUACCUCACUGUGCUGUCUGUCUGUAAAAUAUCAGACAUCUAUCUAUCUAUCUAUCUAUCUAUCUAUCUAUCUAUCUAUCUAUCUAUCUAUCUAUCUAUCUAUCUAUCUAUCUAUCUAUCUAUCUAUCUAUCUAUCUAUCUAUCUAUCUAUCUAUCUAUCUAUCUAUCUAUCUAUCUAUCUAUCUAUCUAUCUAUCUAUCCAAUCAUUGCUGUGUUUCUAAGUGUGUCUGACACUGCUCACGUCGACUGUGAUCAUACUGCCAUCCCAUUGCUCAUCCUUCUCGCCUGGGUGUGGUCCUGGUCAGAGCCCGUUGGUUACGUCCGUGUGCGCCGGUGUCCGAGGGGGUGGUCACGUCGGUUAUCAGUGCAGUCCCACUCUGUGCCGAUGCAGACUGUGCAGCUGGCUUGUGAAACAGUAGCUGUGUGGAAGCGAGAGAACCUGGACUUCCUCCUCAUCCCAGACAAUAAAUUCUAUUGUCAUUCGCGGGGGAGAACGGCACGGUUUCCUGGAGUACCAUGGAGCACUCCCUGACUCUUCACCUAGCCAUCGUCAGCCUUGUUCUUCUGAAUGAGGGUGGAGGAACCCCCUCUCUCCACAUUAACAUGUCUUCUGAGGGGAGCGGGGAGGCGGAGUCAGAGGGGCUAACCACCACCGUGUAUUUUGCUCCGAGCCCCGUAUACAUGUCCCCGACUGAUGAACUCUCCAGUGGAACACGUAUGGAGCCGUCUGUCCUGAGCCAGGUGGCUGGGUUCCUGCAGGAGAACCUCCUCCUCAUCGUCACAUCAGCCUCCCUUCUGGUGACGGUCAUCUUCCUCCUCUGCUGUGCUGCCGUUGUGAGCCGAAAGCGCAAAACCAGCUCCUAUUACCCAUCCUCCUUCCCUGCUCAGAAGUACGUUGACGAAAGGGAUAGUAUUGGAGGCUCCAGGACCUUCAGCGAGGUGCCAGACAGGCAGCCUGAUUCCCAGGGUGCAGAGCCUGUGGACUCUGCCAGGCAGCUCCAAGUGGACAUUAUGAAGGCUGCUAAGAAUCUGCGAAGCCCUAGCAGGAGUCCAGUGUCUGAGGUCAUGGGAAAGGUCACUGAGGCAUUACUUCCAGAGGUCAAAGGACUACCAGAGGAGUCAGCAACAGAGAUGGUAGAAAAGGAGGCUCACAUUAGGGCCCCUGUGCACGGAACAAGUGAUCUUCAGAAUGAAGAGUCCUGUCAGCGUGAAGCCCAGGAGUGUAUGUUUAAUGUUAAGAAGGAUGAAGUCCUCAAAGAAGACACCUUCAGGCAGGAAGCUGAGCAGGAUGAAGCUCCAUGUGGCCCCCAGCUGCCAGGUGUCCAUCAGGAAGUAUGUUCAGGAGAUGUGAAGGAAGCUGCGCUUCCAGAAUCACAAAUGGUCAUGGAGGAAACAGAUGUGAUUUAGUACCACAAAGGGCCUUAAAACUAUUCUGCUGAUGGUCAACAAGGGAGCCUUCUAAACUGAGGCCGAAAUGCUGGUGUUCCUCUUCGGCCUGAUCAGUCUUUUAUCUGCCAGUGAUUGUUUCUGAGAACUCUUAUCAGAACAUGUUUAUAUCUCACACCACUGACAGAUUUAGGGGUAUUUUUCAUUCUAUCUUUAAGUAUUCUUUUAGCGUUUAACCAACAGCCUAAAAUCAUGAACCGUAGGCACCAGUUGUGGAUCGAGUGAAAAACAGACUCAUUGGGAACCUUAACGAUGAACAUAUGUCUUUUGUAAACUCAGUGUUGGGCACUGCAGUCGUACAUUUAAUCAUGUCCUACAGAUGGAGAGAGGUGGUCCGCAAAGUCCUCCAAACGCCUGCUUCAGUGAAAAUAUCCACCUGCGUUCAUGGGAAUGGCAUAAAACUGUUUAAUCCACUUUAGGUAGAAUUAAAUGCUAAGCAGCUUAUUACAUAAUAACAAUAAUAAUGGCUUGAACUGAUGAGUGAUGGAAUAAGGUGAUGACUGUGCACAUUUCAGUCUUUAUAGUUAAAUGCAUUCUAAGACACUUUCAUAAACAAUUCAUAAUUCUGCAUUUGCAAAAUUAAAAUAUUGUCAUAGGGACGGUCCUAUUUUGGUCACUGAGCUCUGUAGACCUUUUUCCUGCUCGUUGUAUGUUAAUAUAAAUAUGACUUCUACGUUUUGGAGCGACAUUACCCUGAGCCCAUACAUAAGUCUUCCAAAAGCUCUGGUAACAUUGCAGGUCUGGAUCAGUCACUUUUUUGUUUAUGUAAAAUAAAUUACUAGUUAAAA